AUCAGUCAAUUUUAAACAAAUUUGUAAAUAUUGGAAAUCAUAAAGCAACAGCUGGUCAAAUAGUCUAUGAAGUAUAGUUGUUUGUGUUAUCCUGUAACUAUGCACGGGAAACAGCAGUUGUAGUAGAAGUGGAUAAAUUAGAAUAGAUAGGAGUGUAUAUAUUUGUUUCCUGACAUCUAUAAUCUUUAUAUUUAUAUAUAAAUAAAGCAUUAUGUUUCCUAAAAUCAAAUAUAUAAUAGUAUCAGUUUGUACAGCAUUUCAGAUUAAAGUAAGAAGAAUAAUAUCUGUCAGGAAAGUAAGACGAAUAUUACCAUGGUGUAUAAUAAUAGCAGCGCUAUUAUUGUUAUUAAUUUUCAAAGAUAUUGAAAUCAAUAAGACUAGCAAUCUUCAUGUAAAAAGGUCAGUAAGUCGUUCAUUAAAUACAAAAACAUAUAACUCUGAUUAUUCACAAUCGCAAUUAAUAAUAAAUAAAUGGAUUCAUGUUAAAGAAGAUUAUUACGUGUAUUCUGCUUAUUGGGAAUAUCGAAAAACACCAUCCUUUGUUCGCAUUAUUGCAAUAGGUCCAAAAAAACCAAUAAAUUUGAGUACUUUCUCUUGCCUGCUAAAAUAUAACAAUGGUUCCGUUAAGCGUUCAGACAUUAAUUAUGAAUUUAUUCCAGAAGAUCAUUAUCAAAAGCACAUAUCAUUGUUUUUCUAUUGCAAGGCAUCCGAUAUUCCUGAACGAGUAGCUCUUACAUCGACUAAACAAAACGCAACUCAUUGGAUUAAAGUGGCACUUACUGAACCUGUAAAAGGUAAUGAAAUUUGGCAAAGUAACAUUGCAGUUUGUGUUCGACCCUUUUUUGGAGAGUUUCCUAAUAAUAAUCUUCAGCUAGCAGAGUUCAUUGCGUAUUAUCAGAUAAUGGGAGUUCAACAUUUUACAUUUUACGAUUAUAAAGCAAAAAACUCCAUUAAAUUAUUGUUAAAUGCUUCAAUUGAUGGAGGUAUACCUAUUAGUUUGUUUCCAUGGAAUCUUCCUACUGAUGUAAGAGACGCAUGGGAUUAUGGUCAUUUGGCAAAUAUAGCGGAUUGUAUGUAUCGAUACGCGAAAACGCACAAAUACGUUGUGAUAGUAGACAUCGACGAACUUAUUUUGCCGCAACAGAAUAUAUCAUUAAUGGAUAUAAUAAAAACGUACAACUCAUCAUGGAGUACUCUUUUGUUCCGCAAUACGUUUUUUUCAUUAGAUUUGCCAGAUGAUCCAGAAGUUAAGAACGCAACCAUUCCUCUAACUAUUCUAAAGAAGACGUUGCAUUUUACACCCAUGGAACCCUACUUGAGAACAAAAGGUAUAGUUCUUCCGAGUAAAGUUGAGAUUCCGGGAAUUCAUUUUACUUGGAAGUCUAUCGACAAUUCGAAAACAAUUACAGCAGAACCAACGUUUGCCAAACUACAUCAUUAUCGUCAUCGGGGUAACAAAGAGAAACCUGUAAUUCGUGACCAAACUGCGUGGAGAUAUUCAGAUAGAAUUUUAAAGUCAGACCCAAUAAAAAUUUGGAAAAACUUAACCAUUAGCUAAAU